AUGUCUAGAGAAGUAUAUAUGUUUUAUAAAGCUAAAGUAACUUUUGAAAAGGUUCGAUUUCGUAUCAAAGUCCUUAGAAUAAUUUGAUUUAUAUGAAUAAAACGAAUUUGCCAUUCCCAACUCUCAACAGUAAGUUUCAAUUCAAAUACAUAGAUAUUCUGAGGAAUGCUACGAAGCAUUUUAGAAGAUCUAUUAGAAAAACGAAGUGAAUGAACUUCAGGUCAUCCCAGAAGACGAGAAGGAGUUUUACAUCCUAAAUCGAGACACAGGAAUGAUGAUUGAUUGCAGGAAGUUAGACCAAUACACGAUUCCAAAAACAGAUAGGAAGGAAGUGGCUUGGAAGAAUUACUGGAAGCUUAGCAGAGAAAUUAGUGAAUCUUUAUUAUCAUUAGUCUAAUUGAAUGAGAUUACUAAAAUAUAUGAACUACUAGCUCAUCCUUAAUUCUAUAUUGACAUCAAUGUUAGGUAUUGGUUGUGUUAAUUUGAUAGAGAUUUAGAUGAUUGGACUCCCCUUCAUUUUGCAUGCCAAUAAAAUAACACUGAGAUUGUUCAUCUCUUAUUAUUGCAAUAAGCAAAUCCGAAGCUAUUCUCUUUAGAUAGGAAAACGCCUUUGCAUAUUGCAGCUAUGAAGAACAACUCGAGAAUCUGCGAAAUGUUAAUUAACUACGGGGCUGAUAUUGAGGCUUAGGAUUCAGAUUAAAAUACCCCAUUGCACAUUGCUUCAUUGCAUGGAAACGAUGAGGUUUGUGCAAUAUUAAUAGAGAAGAAAGCAGAUCACAAUUUGAAGAAUUACUAACAUUUGACUCCUGUAGAAAUGGCAUCGGAUAUCAAAAUCAUUGAAGUUUUUAAUAAAUAUGGAAUCUCGCUUAAUAAUUUUACUUAUACUCGGACAGUUGUUAAGGAAUAAAACUUAGUUUUGCCUAACAGUAGAAGAGAUCAUGUCUAAAAAAUAUUAAAGUUGACAUAAUAAUAGGCUAAAGGGAGUGGCAUUGAACAGGACAUAAAAAAGGAGUUAAUCAAUAAUGAAUAAUAAUAAAGGCAAUCACUCACCAAUCUUGACUUAAAUUAAAAUAGAUCUACUUGGGGUAAGAUAAUGGAUUUUGCCAUAUCAUUUUCUCGAAUCUCAAUUAAAGGCAAUACUCAAACUACAAAUUCAGAAUCUCAAAACAAUAAGAUUGGUCCAGAAUCUUUUCAAUUUUAUUAGAAAUUGGGAGAAGGAGGGUUUGGUUAAGUUUAUCUCGUUGACAAAAUAGGUUAAGAACCUAAAAAGUAUUAUGCAAUGAAGAUCUUGAAGAAGGAAGAUAUAGACACUUCAAAUAUUAUUAAGUCAGCUUAAAUUGAAAAGGAUGUCCUAAAGAUUAUGAAUCACCCAUUUAUAGUGAAAUUAAAUUAUGCAUUCUAAACUUUAGAUCAUUUGUAUCUUGUUAUGGAUUUAUGUCCUGGAGGAGAUUUGGCAACUCAUUUAGAAUUAGUUAACCAUUUUCCAGAACACAUAGUCAAAAUAUAUGCAGCAGAGAUUACGUUAGCCUUGGAAGCAUUACAUUAAUAGGGAAUAAUUUUCAGAGAUCUCAAACCUGAAAAUGUUGUAUUAGACAAAGAUGGACAUGCUCAAUUAACUGAUUUUGGAUUGUCAAAACAAGGUAUUGAUGAAGAGAUGCUAAAUUAAUCAUUCUGUGGAACUUUGGCCUAUUUGGCGCCUGAAAUGUUAAUGAAGAAGGGACAUGGGCGUUAAGUGGAUUGGUAUAUGUUGGGAAUAUUCAUUUAUGAAUUAUUGGUAGGUGCUCCUCCUUAUUAUGAUGCAGAGAAGGAGAUUCUAAAAGAGAACAUUAAGAGGGCUCCUCUCAAAAUACCAAGACAUCUUAGUCAAGAGGCUAAGGAUAUAAUUAUUUAAUUAUUGAUAAGAGAUCCUAAAAGAAGAUUAGGAUGCAAAGAGGAUGCUAAGGAAAUUAAAAACCAUCCCUGGUUUAGUGAUAUCAAUUGGCAAGAUUGUUAUAAUAAAAAAUUAUAACCACCUAAACCUCUUAUAUGUCAUGAACCAAAGGCAGCUAGAAAAGUUACUUUUAGCAAAGAGAGUAAGAGGAAUAAAUUAAAUGACUGGACUUUUUUUGAAAAUUGA